AUGUGGUAUAGAGAAGGUUUUCCGCUGCAAUUAAGUGAGAGAAUUAUUGUUAAGGAGGGUGGCGAGUUAGUCAUCAACAAUGCUCAACUGUCUGAUGCAGGAGACUAUGAAUGCACUGCGUGGAACAUUGCAGGGCAGAGCCAAGCCUCUGUUAAUCUGAUGUACACAGGUAAGACGAUUGUAUAGUAGGUGGAACUUGGUUGCAUGCCAAGUGAAGGUAAAAUGCCGUAAUCGCUCUGAUCCGCAUUCAAGGGGUGGUGGGGGAAGCUUUUAACCCUUUAACUCCCAAGAUCUGAUUGUUGAUUCUCCCUUCUAGCUGCUAAACAUUUUCUUUUAAAGUAGUUGUGAGAAUGUGGUGUCAGAUCAGGAUAACAACUUCUACCUGAUACGUUUGAGUACUCUCAUUACUUGUUUGCUGGAUAAUGUAUGGAUAUUAUAGGGAGAAGUUUCAUGUUAAUCACAUGUGGAAGUUGAAGGGGAGCUUCCAAACUAAGACUUUCGGAGGAGAAGGGAGAGGGGGGAAUGAGGCUUGGCUAAUAAAAAAAGACCUUUGAGAGCCACAGUGUGAGUAAUUUUUCUUCUGCUAAACUCUCGCCCAACUUAAAUGAAGGCUGUGAGCAGAACAAAUUUAUUCUACUGAUAAACACAGACACAGGUUCUCAAAUAUAUUUACAAUUUAUACGAAAACGCUCCUAAGCCGUAAUGAAUAGUAACACUAAAGCAUAGACGUUUGCCCAACGUUAUUACAGCUUCAUUAAUGUUUUGCUUUUUGAUGGUAUUUUUACAUUUUCAGUAGGAGAGGAAAGACAAACUGCAGUUGUAGACAAUGCGUUUUCUUAGAGUGUUUGUUGGGGCUUAAGACACUUAUGUCCAGAAAAGCACGCAGCAACGAAAAUGGCAGAUUUCACGAAAUUUCGUCAAACUGAGUGAAUGUUCAUGUAUUUGAGGAUUUUGGCGAAUGUUUAGUCAAAUUCGUCAAAGCGAAAUUUGACGAUUUUGACGAUUUUUCGCCAUUUUCGUUACUGCAUGCAUUUCUGGACAUAUUUCACCUAACAGAGAAGAAAGCGAGUGAGACCUACUGAAGUAGGACUUACCGGAGUGUCCACAAUGAUCUAGGUAACGUUUUAUCUCGUUUUCUCCGAAGUACCACCCUCGGUGUACGUAGAUCAGGAAGAAGUGACUGCUAACGCUGGUGAGACCAUUACAAUUCAGUGUACAGCAAAUGGUACACCGAGGGCAAAGAUCACGUGGUAUAAGGGACAAGACAAAAUCACUACUAGUAGGCGAAUUGCUGUUAGCAGCCAGGGACAUCUGGUUAUCAAUGCUGUGGAGUUGAAGGAUGGUGGAUAUUACACGUGUCUUGGUAACAAUACCGCUGGGGAAGACUCGGUCACUAUAAGUAUACAAGUGCAGAGUGAGUUGAGAAUUUUUUCCUUGGGGAUUUAGUAGAGAGCUUUCCGAUGCUAAAGAGGGCGAUCAAGGAACACCUGGCAUCGUGACCUCGAGGUUGAGAUCAGAAUGACCGGCCACUCAUGGAGCCAAUGAGAAACGAUGGCCCAGAACAGAGGUCUUUGGCGGACUUUUGUUGACCGUAUAUGCCUUAGGAGGAGCGAUGGGCUUAGAUAGGUAGAUAGAUUUUAGACAGAUAGAUUUCCGAUGCCAGGUGUAGUAAAAUCAAAAUCGAUGUAACAGUAGCAAAGGCCAAUUAGAGAAAAGGGAAAUCUCUCAAGGAGCAUGUGAGAUGUCAAAUUACAUGCAUGCAUCGAUCAAAGCUGAAGUAUACUUGCACAGUCAUGAAACUAACUAAUGUUGGAUUAUUCACUGGACGUUUGCCUGCCAAUGAAUCCGAAUACUUUUCCUGAGCAGUCUUGGUCACGGCGUAAACACCUUACCAUGGGAGCACGAACUUGCCUCAACUUUGGAUCCUCCCCUGGGUCUGUUGAAACGAGACGAUCACCAAAAUCAUUUCUUGAGGAGAGUGACUGUUUCAUUGAGUUUUUCUUUAUUUUUACAGUUCCUCCACGCGUAUCAGUCGACUAUGAUGAGGUUCCUGUGAUUCUUGGAGAAACAUUGGUGUUACAGUGUGCAGCAGUCGGUGUACCAAUGCCGACCAUCACAUGGGUGAAGGAUGAUAAGCCCCUGAGGUCAAACGACAGAGUCAACAUCACUGAUGAUGGAGCACUGAUUAUAGGGGCUGCUAUCCCACAGGAUGUAGGAGAGUAUCAUUGCGUUGGGAGAAGUCCAGCUGGAACAGAUAGAGCGCUAGUUACUCUUUGGGGAGAAGGAGGUUUGUGUAUGAAGGGAGUGUAUUUGAUUUUAUAAAGAAAAUUGAUAGCUGAUCGUAGCGAUAUGCCGGAAAUUUGCCAUGACACGAAGUUUAUUUCAUUACAAGAUGUUAUCAUAUUUCUCAUAUUUCUCUACGGGAAAGAAGAGCCCUCUUAAAUUUGCCUCGCUCCCAAUGUGAGGCUUCGUAACUCAGUAGGUAGUUGUGCCCAACUAGUAUCCGGGAGGCCUGGGUUUGAAUCCCGUCGAAGCCUCAGUUUGUGUGCUUGUACAACUCCCUCACUGAAAAUAACACCAAACUUAUUGGAAUAUGUUCGCGGGCAACUAGCGUAUUCAACGAGGAUUCCACUUUUCCUCUGUGUCAAUUAAUCUAUCAUUCUACGUUCCAGUUCCUGCAAGUAUAACAACUCGACCUUCAGAUAAAACAGUUACCUUUGGCGGUAAUGUAACAUUCACUUGUCGAGCGAAAGGAGUGCCUCAACCGCGCGUCACCUGGCAGAACAGUUUAGGAAUUGCCGCUGACACCGAUCCUCGAGCCACAGUUCUGCCGUCAGGUGACUUGUUCGUACAGGAUAUAGAACUCAAGGAUGCAGGGAGAUACGUGUGCAAUGCGGAGAACAGUCUGGGGAGAGAUUCAGCUCAAGUCGCCCUCAUUCUCACGGGACUCAGUAAGUUUGUUAUAUUUAUUUUAGUAUAAGGCUAUUUCCUAUCAGUUCUUUAGCUGUCAUUGAAGUCUAGUGCACAGGCCACUAUGCGUAUCACAGGUAAUAAGAAGCAAUCUUUAAUUUUAAUAUGUAUGACCUCGGGCUGCAGCUUCUUAUGCAGCAAUUUUCUUGCCAAAAUUAGAAUCGGCGUAUAAUGCAACGAUCUUCUCCAUUGGGGAGAAACACUGUGCAUGAAGCCAAAGAAAGAUUUCUCUAUUUAAAGAUGGUCGUUUUUCUGUGACAUACAAAAUUACCAACAACUCAAAGGAAGCUUCGAAACAUUAGCUUUGUAGGAUUAAAUUUUAAAUUACACCCAAUUUUUCAGGAAAUACAAUCUGUGACGCAGAUCACCUUGUAAGUUCUUGUUGAAGUUGCAAAUGAUGUGUCCUACUAUUGGAAGUUUAUUUUUUUCAGUUGGAGUGUGUUCAUUGUACUUCAUUUUUAUUCCCUCAGCACCACCUACAAUUAUCAAACCAGACACGACCACCAUAAUUACCGACAGAGGUAAAACAGUUAGACUUCGGUGCCCUGCAAUUGGUAACCCUCGGCCCACUAUCACUUGGCAGAAGAACCGUCGGUCGAUUUCCAUGGACGGCAUCAAGUUCAAACAGAUAGAUGACGGGUCGCUGGUGGUCAGUUCAUUAAUACCUUUUGAUUCGGGAACUUACCUAUGCACUGCAAAGAACCCCACUGGCCAAGAUUUUCUUAUCCUCACCCUUUAUGUGUACAGUGAGUGUUAAAGUUCAUUUUGGUUCGUAUCCUGUUACGAUUAAUCAUCUCUGUAGCGGCUUUAGUGAAAUAUUACCAACUUAUUAAGGGGGAUUUCGACUGAGUGUCCUAAAAUCAGAACCAAAGUAAUGAAUGACCAUUGAAAACAGGGACAUUGCUGCAAAGAACCAGCGAGAACUGCAUCCAAUCGGUUGGGAGCCGAGUGAUGCUGGUUUUCCAAUCACAGAGCGAAAUAAAGCAAAACCAUUGCAAUCCCACAUUGAUUUGAUACUUAGUCGAAAAACACUCUUGUUUGUUAGUUAAUUUUUCACAGUUUUCCAUAAUUGGCGAACUCAAACAAUUGUUCGUAGUUUCAGCGCUGAAAACUUAAAAAAGGUAGACGAAACAAUUAGGGACCUUAAAGAAUCAUCAGGGUAUGGCUCGUAACUUCCUUCUUCGUCUCAUUUAGUUUCCCCAGAGAUUAUUAGACCGCCGCCAAACCUGACUGUAGACGUGGGAGACUCCAUACUGAUGGAAUGUGUUGCAAGAGGUUUUCCUAUUCCAAGUAUUCGUUGGUUCUUGAACAAUAAACCUCUUCCAUACAAUGGUUCUGUGAUUGAAAUAGCCAGCUUAUCUUUACAACAUACUGGGGUGUAUCUAUGUGUUGCCGAGAAUAUGGCUGGAAAUGACACUGCUACUGCGACGCUUUCUGUCAUGGGUGAGUACCUAUAAAAUUAUGUGCUUAGGGACCACUCAUUAUUUUUUGCCUAGGAGCAGGGCGGGGGGGAGGGAAUCACGUGGUUUUCAGGGGGAACGGAGGGAGAAUCAGUCAUUGCAAACAGAUUAUAAAACGAAGACUAUUGAACAUUGACUGCCAAUUAACUGCCAAUGCCGGGGAGGGUCAUAAGAACAUUAUAUAUUAUUGAGCCUUAUGGAUUCUCCUCCCCCUCCCCCCCACCACGCCGUCAGAAUAAAGUGUCUCUUAAAAGAACAAUGCACAGUUCACUCGACUAGGGUUGGAACCACUGGGUGUGAAGUCCAGCCUGUUAAUCAAUAUUCAUGCAUGCAAUCGUGUCUUCCUCAAGUACCUAAGCGUUACAUCACUUAGAGCGCCUUACGUUAAACGUGUGAGGUGAGGUAAAACCAAAACCAAAGUAAUCACAAGAGCCAGUCAGAAGAGAGGAAAAUACCUUUAAGAGCCAAUGGCAACUUAAAGGAGAAACAACCAAACUGGUUAUUUAAAGCGGGAAAACGCGGGCGACCAAGUAAUAAUCGUUUUUAGUUUGACCUCUGAUUGGUUGAAAGAGUGGCGCGAGUUUUCUGGACCAAUCACAGAGAGAACUAAAGUAAAACCAAUGCGGUCUCGUAUUACUUUCGGUACUCAAUUGAAAAUGCUCUACCAUAUACUCCUGUAUUGUAUUUAUUGGCAGCUUCACCCAGUAUAGAGCCCAUAUCUCCUGUGAAAGUUACCUCUGAACGUUGGACGGAAUUGAAGUGUAAUGUAAGUGGAAACCCAAAGCCCAAACUGACUUGGCUACGACAAGAUGUUCCCAUCGGUGCGAGCAACCCGAAGUAUCUCGUUCUACCGUCGGGAAGUCUUCGUAUUUUCGAAGUAAAACCAUCGGACAGUGGAACAUACACAUGUGUGGCCUCCAAUCCGCUCGGUGUGGCUCGGCAGCCAGUGGAACUCUUUGUGCAAGGUGAGAAGAAGAACUUUCUUUCCUUGAGAUGGUUUGUAUGGAGGUGGCCUGGAAGUAAAAGUUUCUUUAGAUGGACAAACGACAAAGAGGCGGGAAAAACUCCGAGGGGAACAAGGAUAAUCAACCCUUAACUCCCAUGAGUGACCAAGAUAGAAUUUCUCCUCACCAUUUCAAUGCAAUAUUAAUUAGACAGGUAAUGAGAAUAAAGAAAAACAUCACUUAGGUAAUUUAGCUGAUCCAAUACCAAAUUCUUCAAAUUAACAUCAUAAGAAUUAUAUGGCAGACAGUAAGGAGAAUUACUAAUGAGAUCUUGGGAGUGAAAGGGUUAAAGAUGAAAAUGUUAGGAGGGAUAGAAAUGACGCACCUGAAACAUUGCCUAAAAUUACAAUAUCCGGAAGCUUUCCUUUUUCCUUGCAGUUCCACCCGAGAUUAUUAAGCGUCCUCAAAAUAUUUCCAUCAACGAGGGCGACACCAUAAUUUUGGAAUGUGAAGCGCGUGGGUUCCCUGUGCCACGGAUCACUUGGUACCGGAAUGGUAGUACUGUGGUGGCUAAUAUUUCGCUGGUGGAGAUCACCGAAGCUAGAAAAUCAGAACACGAAGGGAUGUAUCGCUGUGAGGCUGAGAAUCCGGCUGGGAAUGUUACGGCUAGUGCUUGGGUUGCAGUGAAAGGUCUGUACAAUGCAAACUACUAUAACUUUGAAGUGUUUAGCUGUAGUGCUACUGACAUACGUUUCGCAGUUUAGGAAAAUUCAGUUUAGUAAAAUUUUGAAAAAUUUUCGAAGCUACUGAAGUUUAUCAUCAGUAUACUUAUGCUUUAUGCUUUUUCAACGAAACACGAUAUUUGAUUUACUUGUUCUUAAUUUGUAAAGACAAUUGUAAGCAGCUGAAAUUGGAAAAAAAAGAUUUGAAAAGAGUUUAUGCGCGGUCAUGACAUAUCGCAUUAACUCUUUAACUCCAAUGUGUGACCAAAACAGAAGUUCUCUUUACAAUUUCAAGACAAUGUCAAGCAGACAAGUGAUGAGAAUGAAAAGAAAUAUCAAUAAGGGUAUUAGUAGUUGAUCCAAUACCAAAUUCUUCAAACUAACAUUAUGAGAUUUGUGCGGCAGACAGUAAGGAGAAUUACUAAUGAGAUCUUAACAGCGAAAGCGUUAAUCCACUGGAAUCUUGUCCUCAGUUGAAAUGUUUCCUUCAUUUUCUUUUGCUUAGGAGCUAGAUGUUGCCCUUGAAAUGCACAUUUUUGCUUUAUUUCUAUGUUUCGUAGGAGAAGACGAAAACGUUGCCCAAACAGGAGGGCCAGGUAAUAUUUAAUUUGUUACAAAUUUUUUUCUUAUCAAGAUCAAAGGCUUAAAUAGCAGACUCUCAUUAAUAGCGCUUCGGCACGAAGGAAAGUAUGAUGCCUCGAGCAAAGCACGCCAGCGAGAGGUCUUCAAACGGCCUGGCGCUAAUAGUGCCAGACCCCGUCAAACCUCUCCCCAACUACCACAGUUUCUUUAGAAACUCACCUCUUUACUCUCCCCAACUCGUCUCCAAUCUUCCCGCGGGCGGAAAAAUGCGCGUCCAGCAGCGUUUGUGAUGAGGGCUGCUCGGGCUUCUCGGUCAUCUUAUUCUGAGCCUGACGCUUUUGUUAUUAUUAAUUCUAAAAUUUUAUCGAAGACUUGUCUCAUAAUAGUCAUAAAUAAACGUUCCAAGGAUACAGUGAUAAAAAGAAAGAAAAAAAAAAACUUUGUUACAUGCUCCGUUUUAACAGCAUCACCAAAGGUCUCCCAGAGAGAGUGUGGUUGUCCGAAAAUACAGAUUUGACUGUGUUUGUUAAUAAUUGACCUACUUAUUUCUGCAGAGUUUGUGGAUACACCUCAGGACACCAUAAUAGAUGAAGGUGCAACUUUUGUAUGGGACUGUACAGCCACAGGAAAACCAACCCCUGUGUUAUUUUGGGUAAAGGAUGGACAGCCUGUGGAUCAGCUUGAGCAUUUCAGUGUCCUGGCUAAUAACAGUCUGGUAAUUAGAGGUGUUAAGUCUGAAGAUGGAGGACAGUAUCGGUGUCGGGCCGAUAAUGGCGUCAGUACUCGCGUUGUUCAAGCAACACUCACAGUUCGAGGUGAGAUUCUUUUUCCGUUUUUUUCGUUUGAUACAGCUACAACCAGUUGCAAAAAUGUUGAGACACUCUCUCUGAAUAAGAAAACAGCUUUCCCACUAAAAUCGAUAAUCGAUAAAACUAAGGUUUUCCCAAAGAGAUCAGCCAGGAUGUUUUUUUCACUUUUUUAAAUGAUUUGGUCAUAGUCUUGAUUAAAUUCUUCAAUAUUAAAAAAUGAAAAUGUUAUCGUUAAAAAGUGCUUUAUAUCAAUCGUAUUCUUUUCGUUGUCUGUGACUCUUCCUUUGUUGUUGUUGUUAUGAUAAGAUUGCUAUUAUUUUUUAAAUUUAUUCUUCUUUUUCAUAGUGAAUGGGAAUUGGAGCAAGUGGCAAGAGUGGGGUCUUUGUAGUAGUUCGUGUGGAUCUGGGUUCCAGUUUCGAUUCAGGUCAUGUGAUAAUCCUGCGCCCAGUAACGGCGGUAAAUUUUGCUCAGGGAAUGAUGUACAGUCGCAGCUCUGUAAUGUGAAAUCCUGUCCGGGUAAGUGCAAUGAGAUCUGUCAUUGUCGUGCUACUUUUACUGAAGGCUUGUUUGAUCAGAGGUCCUAACUUAAGGCAUAAGUAUAAACACGCACCCAAGCAAGUGGAGGAUUGCAUGAGCCAAGAACGAGAACAGCUACAUGUGACAUUCAUAAAGUGCUCUUCUGGUGGUUUAGCCGGUGUUAAAGUCGUGUAAGUACGAACACAUGGGGAGACGUAAUCUUUGGUGUAUGGAUUGCCUGUUGCUUUUUAAAUCAGAAACGAAACAUUCAAGACAGUAGAAAAAGGUGUGACUCUAACAUAACAAGAUUUUUCACAAGAAGGCUACAAAGCUCCCGGGUUUACUAGUAGGGUGAUUAAAAAAAAAAAAAAAAACUCGUAGCGCCAUUAUACAAAGAGGUCAAUACAAGCGACGUAAAAAGUGAUUGUAAAUACUAUUUUUCGUAGUAUUUCUCUGGCUUUCUUUUGCUCAUCCUUGUAAAGGUAAAACACGCAUAGUCGCGCUAGAUCCAGUAUCCGCUGCAUAAAGCCUUUAGCAUUAUUAGACUCUAGUGUAGCCAAGGUUACGACGAAGGUUUUUCGUCAGGUAUUUUGACAGUUCGUUGUUAACCAUUUAUUACACCGUGGUCAAACGUCGGGCAUGCGCGAUGGGAUCUAUUUUGGCCGCCCGCCCUCCAAUUUCCCGCCAAAAAUUUCUUAAGGAAACGUUGGAAACGUCGCGCAUACUAAGCGAAAAUAAAAUUGAAAUGUUCAGAAAUGUUUCGGUAAAAAAAAGCAAAACUUGAACAAAACUUUUGUUUAAUUACAGGCAUCCAGUUAAUUUAUUGAUUUGUUUUGGAGUUUAUUAGAAAAAAAGUCGUACGAUUUUAAAACACCCUGACUUUGUAGCUCGCGUGGUUGGUUUUAACUCUUGUGAGAAAACUUGGUUCUGACAACGUGAAAGUACGCCACGUAGUUAUUACAACGGUAACACAACUGUGUUACCACAGAUUCUCUGGUAGAAAGAGGCACAGGGAGAGUAAAUUAAGUGUCUUACGCAAGAACACAACACAAGGCGCUAGCCAUCGGGCAACUUUCUCUGCCACUCAUCUUCAUGCUUAUACUUUUCGCCAUUCGCUUUUUAUUCUUGGAUGUUCUUUUUCAGUGGACGGAAACUGGUCCACGUGGACCGAAUGGACACUCUGUUCAAAAGUUUGUAAUGGCGGUGAACAGACUCGGUCCCGAGAGUGCAAUAACCCAGCCCCACAGCACGGCGGUAAUGAUUGCUUGGGAGAUAAGCAGGAAACAAGACCCUGUAACCUUUUCGCAUGUCCUGGUAAUACAAUACCUGUGAAAGAUUUUCUUGUAAUGUAGGUUUUACGUGCAUAACUUACGUGGCAGACAGUUCAGGGACGCAGGAAAAGAAAGCAUUUCUGAAUGUACGACAAAAUAAUAAUAACCACUUUGGAUUAAAAAAAAGGAAAACGUCCGACCGUGAGUGUAGGCGAUAACUUAACGAGGUCUUUGACAAAUGAUAAACAACCUCUUACGUGCAGAAGGAUUACACCUCGUAAUCCUACGCUCUUUCAAAGUUGUAUUCCUUCUUUUGGUUUUCAUGCUGUGCAGACAGGGCCCUAUUCGUUGAAAUUACAAUCGUAAGCGUUAACAAGCUGCCCCCACCAAGCUGUCUUCAUUUUCACCACGGCGGACAACACAUUGCUUGAGAGGAAUGCGUGCAAAUUAAUGGCGCUUGAUGUGGUUUUGUUCGUUGUCACCCGCAAAAGGAGUAAUUAUUAAGUGAUAACCUCUUUUUUAGAUGGCGUCGGAGUCGUUAUCGGACAAGUUCACGGAACCGUGAAUAACGUGAUGUUACCAACCCUUUUCCUAUUGGCUAACCUCACUGAGACACCAACCAAUGAGACUCAAGUAUCGUGUUCUAUCAGCGGACUCCCUGGACCAAUCAGAAACUGGCUCAAGACAUUGUCAACUCCAUUAACCGCCCCAAUCUACUGGGCUACAGCGGAAGAGAAACCUAAUGCGGAGAAUGGUCUUACCAUCACAAAAGGGCGCUUUGUGUACAAGACUUGGGUGCAUUUUAGCUCAGGGGAAACCAUGCUUAUUGAACACGAUGGAAAAGGGGUUAAUGAAAAGGGUGUGUUUGUGGUGGAUGUGGACAUCAAAGGAAAAACGCCUAAGAUUGCAUCUAAUGCUGAAGUCAAAUUUCCGGACUUUGCAGAAACGUUUGUUCAGACGGGCGUUGGAGAAAUAAGCUCUGCAUUACAGUAAGUUUCUUUUGUAACCUUCCUAUUUCAACUUCAAAUUAUCAAUGUGACUUUUUUCGUUUAAGAUGUUAGAGUCCAAACUCCGUUUACUGCUUUGUACAGGAAGUAUUAAAUUGAAUGCAUUUGAGUGGAAAGAAAUCUUUUGAACAGUCUUGAACUCCAAAAACAAAAUGAAACAACAAGUUUAAGUUAACGAAAAUUCAAACUUAACAACAUAAAGAUGAAAAAGUAAAACCAGUGUACUUGUCGACUUCAGAUUCAAUUUCAAGGUCUUUGAACAUGAUUGGUGAAACGAUGAGAAUAUGAAACUAAGGAAGGGAAAAGGAACAGAGAGUUCUAUUCAAAAUUAUUACUCCGGAAACUUUGGAAAAUUUUCACAAUUUUCUCGACUGGUGGUCAGACACGCUUAGUGCUAUGUGUCGAGGAAAUAAUCGUUCAAGGAAAAGGGAAAAGCGGUGCGCGAAAAUAGUCAGUGCAGACGAGCAAAAAAGCAACGCGUGAAAAAUGGUAGGCAAACGCACGCGCGGUGACUUAGGUUGUCAGGGAAGCGGCUGCCGAACGACGGAGAGUAUCGAAUAGGCUAACUGUUGACUCUCGUAAGAGCCGUUUUAGUUUAAGACCCUUUUUAGUUUGUCUCCAAAAAUUGUGUGCCUUCGCACGCAUUCAUUUAAUUUAUCCAAUCGUUGUCUUUUUCGCAGGCGGGUAAUGAAUGUGAACGGGAAGCCUUUCCCUUUCUCGUGUAAUUCCUCCAUACUUUAUUCCUCUGAUGAUAAGAAGCGAAUCAGGUCGCUGUCUCAGACCGUCCAAGUUUCUGCUGUGGAUUACAGCUUUCCUCAGUCUGAUACGCUGAAGGUAGAUAUGAGGUCAUCUAUUCAGAGAGGUACGUACGCUGUCAUUUCUCUGCGUUUAUGCUAAAAUCACCCUGGAGUGCAGUUAACUCGUUGUGGCUGACUUGGAAAGUGAUAAAAUGUUCGGGUUAGAGGGAGAAUUGGAGUCAUCUGGGGAUGAGGAGAAGUGACUGACACGAGUAAUGAUUGUGUGUUUAAUGGGAUUCAUCAAACAGCAAGGAUUACAAGUGGAACGAUGGUUUGUUAACGAAACCAAGCAACAGGAAAGAAACAAGUGAUUAAAGAAACUACAAUACCUUCUAAUAUUGAUGAUAGUUACUUCAAGCUUGCAGGAUCUUUGAGUCAUGAGAGUUCGAGCUAUUUUAAGUAAAAUCACAAUUAAUGCAUGUAACAUGAUGGAGAAAAAUAGAGAAAAUCAAUGGUUACCUAAGUUACCGCGUGAUUCCAGUUACAAGACGGUAAGAAUUACUAACAGUCAAGUGUAACGUCAGUCUUUUUUCCCUUGUUACAGCAUCAGUAUCCGAUCAAUGUACAGAAGGUUUGGCUGUUCAUCCCACAAGUCAGUUUUGUGAAGGUAAAGCUUUCGUUAGAGCGUAUUCUUAUUGAGCUCUGUGCGACCAAAAUUAAUGUUAACAUAAUGGCCGUUGGGAAAAAUGGUUGAUAUUAAGGUGACAGUUGGCACACCGCCUGAAGCGCGGGAAAACGCAAAUGACCAAGUCGCGUUUGCUCUUACCUUCGAAUGUUAUUGGUUGAGUGGGUGAUCUGCGGACCAAUCGCGGAGCAAAAUGAAGCAAAGCCAAUCCGAUCCUAGGUUACGUUUGACACUCAAGUGAUAAGUUCCGAUGUCUAUUGUUGCUUACUUUUCUCAACAUCGACUUUGGCGCUUGUAAUUGUCCUUGUUGUUUUCGGUUAACUGGUCGUGUGGUCAUAAUUUUGUUUUUUGAUGGACGAAAGAUCAUUGCGGUUACGGUUAUAAACACAACUUAACCUUUUAACUCCCAAGAUCUCAUUAGUAAUUCUCCUUACUGUCUGCCAUGUAGUUCUUGUGAUGUUAGUUGGAGAAUUUGGUAUUGGAUCAACUAAUAAUCCCCUAAUUAAUAUUUUUCCUUAUUCUCAUCACUUGUCUGCUCGAUAUUGUAUUGAUAUUGAAAGGAGAAAUUCUUUUUUGGUCACUCAUGGGAGUUAAAGGGUUAAGAAGUUGUGAAAAUUCUUGCAAAACCGAAAGGAAAUGUUUUUCCCCGCUUUAUUGCCACAAAUGUUUUUUUUAUUAACAAAAUUAGUCGACAAUUUGACUGGGGAACGCUGAUAAAAUUUCUCCCAUUUCACUCUUCAUAAAAACGAUUGUCUCUUUUUUCCUUUUAAAUUAAUCAUUCAGUGAUGUAUUGAAUGCUGUCCUUUUGUUCAUUGUUUAGAUAUCGAUGAAUGUGCUGCUGUUCCUCGAGUUUGCUCUCAUUUUUGUCAAAACUUUUUUGGAUCUUUUCGUUGUUCCUGCCCUGGGGGUCAUGCUCUCUCCUCAGACAAUAAAACUUGUGAAGGUUAGUUAUUCUUAAAUAAUGUGUGACUUGUCUCUUCACGGCGUACUUCGUGUGUUUCAGAAGGGUGGGGAAGGGGAGGGAAGGGGAGGGAAGGGGAAGGGGGAGGGACUGUUCACUUACUUUGUGUAUUUCUGUAAGGUGGGGGAGGGGGAAAGAGGUGAUGGGUAAUUUUCCUGGAUAUGAUCUUUUAUGGUGUACAAUGUUUUCUUUUGAGAAGGGUAGUUCAGCUUUGAAGAAAAAAUCGUCCUAUCCACACAUCUCUCACCAAUUUAGUCUUCCAUCUGUCGCAAGUUUGUGUGGGCUGGCCCAGCAGGGUUCUACGGGGUAUUUCUUGGUUAACAACACCAAUCAACCCUGAAGGACCUACGCCUCGUUUCCAGAGAACAUCCUAGAAAAUUUAAUGCUAUAAACCCUAAACUUGAUAUGCAUAUUCUCCCUACUGUUCUCCUUACAUUUCCUAUAAUACUGUCAUAGAGAAUUUGUUCAACAAUUAAGAACUUCUCUGGUUGAUGGUGAUCAUUUCCUUUAUUCUCGUGGCCUUAAUGUUUGAUUCAAGAGGGAUACGGUGAGGAGAAAUAAUGUGCCAAUCACUCUCAGGAGUUAAAGGGUUAAAUGAUUGUUUAUUCAUAUUAUUAUGCUUGUAAUUACUUCACACAUCCGUGCAUAACCCCUUAGAGACAAAAUUUCUUAAUCUUUUCUUCCAGAUGUGGACGAAUGCAGUCUGGGUACUGCUUCGUGCCCUUCAGGUGAAGAAUGUGUCAACACUGCUGGCUCAUACCGCUGUCGUGUUAAGUGCGCCGAAGGAUUUCUAAUGACUGCGAAUGACACCUGUGUCGGUAAUGUUUGUGCUUCUCUAGUUUGACCUUGCGCGCAUGUCAGCACAGCUAUGACAAAACAGCUAUGUUUUCGCGAGGAAAAUUAAAAUAUUUAAUAACACUGGAAAAGGGAAAGGGGGAAGAAAUAGUAGGAUGUAAAAAGAAAAUUAGGAGUUAUUUAAAUUGUAAUUGUCUCAACAGUCUUGUCAGAACGUGACGUUCACCCACUAAUGAGAAGAUUAGCUUGGAAAGUUUGGAAUUAUCUUUGAGUGAUUUGGCUCUUGUUUUUCUAUCUGAAUGUUUCUUUCUUUUUUUUUCUCCUCUCUCAGAUGUGAAUGAGUGCGAGUUUGCGAAUUCAUCGGACUCUCUUCACCGGAAUGAUCCAUGUUUACAUCGGUGCGAUAAUCUGCCAGGAUCCUACAGGUGUUAUUGUAAGGACGGAUAUCACCUGAAGGGAGACCGAUGUGAAGGUUUGAAAAAUAUUAUUUAGUUUUGUUACGCAGCAAAGCCAUACGUGAUCUGACAAUAAUUAAAACGUGAACCAAUGAACACACUUGAUCGACCCCUGGUUUCUUAUUUUAAGGAAGCAUCAUUUAUGAUGGUAAUUGAACUGAGUGGAGUGAUUUUAGUAGAGCUUCCUCAUUGGCUGGGAAAAAGAUGGAAUGUAGAGCAAAAAAAGAGCGAUUCGUGAAUAAAUCGCACCUAUGAGAGCCAAUCAGAUUGAAAGGAUCAUCAGUGGUUUAGAAAAUGGAUGUGAUAAAAAUCGGCAAUCAGGCGUCCCUCACUAGACUAAGAGUAUGCCGUGGACACUGUCCAUAGCUUUUAAUCUCCCAGAACGAAAGAAUCGUACCUCAAUAGCACAGACAUCAUUAAAAUGAUAACAAUAAAGUGAAUAUGAUCAGCAGUUCAUUGCAGCAGCGAGGUGAUUUGGGAGAACCAAUCUACCCGUCCCAACUAAAUAUAAAUUCCCUGCUUUCUGUAGGUUUUGUAAGUCAUUAUUAUUAAAGAAAAAACCUUUAGUACGAUGGAGUAAGAGGAUAUAAAAGGUUGUGUUCAAAUUUAAAGGUGUCAUUACAAAGGGGAUUAAACGUCAAGUUCUGUUGCUCAGUUUUCAGGGAUUGUUGGGCGACGCCUCAUUCAUUAAAACUGUAAUGGGGAUGCAUAUGAAUCUGGGAUUUUUUGUUUUUGCUUUACUCCACUCUAUGAUUGGUCCAGAAAACUUGUACCAUUCUCUCGAUCAAUCACAUGCAAAGCUAAAAACCAAUCGCGACUUGGUCGCCAGCGUUUUCCCGCGCUUUAGGCAGUUGACUUGUUUGAACUUUUACUAAGUUCUCAUUGGCUCUUAAGGGUAUUUCCCUUCCAUUUGAUUGGCCGUUGUGAUUACCUUGGUUUUGACGCAACAAUACUCAAUCAGAAUUUGACCUGUUUAACGCAUAUGCUUACAGACAUUGAUGAGUGCGGCACCAGGCUGUGUGACCAUGGAUGUGAGAACACCGAAGGUGGCUACAGAUGCUUCUGUUUUCAAGGAUAUCGCUACGUAUCUGAAAACCAAUGUGUGGGUGAGUUAAUGCCGCUUGAUGAUUAUUAAGGUGAAAAUGUUAUAACUGAAUGUCUUUACGGCACGUUUUAAAACCUUUUAACCAUUAAGACUGACUAGCAUCUAAUUUCCCUUUACAAUAUCAAUCCUACAUCAAACUUUAGGCCACGAAAUUAACGGAAAUGAUCACCAAUUAAAGAAAUUUUUUUUUCAGCGUCUUAAAAAAAUUGUAAAGAGAACGGUAUGAAGAUUAUGCAUACUGUUGUAAGUGUGUAAAGAGUUAAAAAGGGUAACGCUGUGGAAAAUCAAUGUUUCUCAUGUUGUUGUUUUUUUUUAUUCUCGUCAAGAUGUGAACGAGUGUGCCGAGAACAGCACUCUUUGUGGCAAUCUUCAUUGUGUGAACUUACCCGGUAGCUUUCAGUGUUUAGGAAAGUGUGACGUGGGCUUCAAAAGAACCAUGGAUGAUAAGGAGUGUGUGGGUAAGACCUAUUUUGCUUAAAUAAUAACUGUUCAAUCUCAUCUUGGGCUGUUUACAGCAUCUACACUAGGUUUUCCCCGACCAGUUUGACACAUUUGUCUCUUGUCUAGGAUAUUGAAUUUUUCGAACAUAAAUUUGCUGAAGUUGCUAAUUUGAUCUGGACCCAGGUGCAGGAAAUUGUCGAUGGUUCAAAGGGUGACCAAGACAUAAUUUCUCCUUACAAUAUGAAGCAGACAAUUGAUGAUGAGAAUAAAGAAAAAUAUCAAUUGGGGGAUUAUUAAUUGAUCCAAUACCAAAUUUUCCGAAUUAGCAUCGUAAGAAUUGACUGGGAAGCAGUCAGGAGAAUUACUGAUUAGAUCUCGGCAGUGAUAGGGAUAACCAGUUUUCUGGACAAGCCCACUUACCAGGGAAAAAUCGGCAGUGUUAAAACGUCUCAACCAUUUUUUGUUCCAGGGUCUAACUAUUUAUUCUCAGUACUGUCCUUCCUACAUUUCGUAUAAGUUUGGCUGUGAGAAUUUGGAGUUAGAUCACGAAGGAUCCAUUCGUUGAUACGAAACUUCCUGUUCGUCACAUUUUUGAUGGAAAUUAUAUUAACCUUCUAAGGAAAAAUUCUUCUUUGGUUACAAGCUGAGAGUGAAAGUAUCAACCCUUUAACCUCUGAAGGUGACUAGCAUCUAAUUUCUCACAAAUGUAUCACUGCUGAAUGAGAGAGUAGGCUCGUGAGAAUUAAGGAAAUGAUCAUAAACUUUGAAAGCUCUUGCUUUUUCAUUAAAUUCUCUUUGUCAGUGCCAUAGGAAAUUUAUAAAGGACAGUAUGGAGAAUGUACAUGCUGAUGUUAGGGAGGGUAAAAGUUUUCACAGCCAAGUAGUUGGACUAGUUUUAUUUCAGAUAAAGUGUUAGUCAUAAAACCGUCUUAACUUUAGAAUAUAUGUCUUUUCAUCAUUACCGGUCGUAAGCCUAUCUUUUCGAACAAUAUUUGGAAAAAUAAAUAUAGUCUUACAAUUAUCAAAUACAAAUUUAAACCUCUGAAAAAAAAUUAAGUAGGUAAUAGAUCAGAGAGACCUUUCUCAGUAGAUGCAGUAAAUCAGUGUCAGUGGAAUCCUUUUACCUUUGCAAGAAAAUUUGAACCUGCGAAAGUCGCCGUAUUUCCACCAGUUGCCUCUCUCUGCGCAGACGUAUCGUUUCGCAGUAAAUUAAAAUUUCAAUUUACAUUUCUUCUUGAAUUUCGUAUAUUUUUAGAUCUUGAUGAGUGUGAUGAAGGCCGACACAACUGUCAAAACCAGUCAAACCAGAUGUGCAUGAACACAUAUGGCAGUUUCUACUGUGUAUGCCCCAGAGGGUAUUCAGCCAAGACGGUCAAUUCACCUUGUGAAGGUAAGAACAGUGCAAUGCAACGUUGAGUGACUGCAACUUGUUAGCUGUUUCUCCAAAUAAAAUGGAAACAAAAAGCACAUGAGGUUUAAACAUAGGAAGACUUGAGUGUUUGUUGUCAUUUGUGCGUCAAAAAGAAAACAGCAUCAGGCGACUUUGAUAUGUUAUUUUUGAUGCUUUCAACGGUUUGAACACCAAUCCUUAUCGCCAAAGUUGUCAUCGUUAGUCGAAUUUUGUUGUGGCAGAAGAGUAUCCCUUAUAAGUGUCAGUUUAGCUUCUAAAGGUUGGUUUGCGAUGACUAGAGGACUUUUCAAGUUGGCUCGAUUUUAUCGCUGUUUCACUUUCCUGUAGGGAGUGCUUGUACACUAAAAACUCUCUGGAAGAGAAACCUCCUCCAGUGCUUUAUACCACAGUUCUGAAGCAGCUACUGUAUAAUAACUAUUGUACAAAUUAGCUAAUAAAUAAUUUCUUGGUAGACGUGGAUGAAUGUAAGCAGUUUCAAGGCAUUUGUGAGCAUCAGUGUGUUAACACUAUCGGCAGUUUCGAGUGUCGAUGUCCUGGUGGUGGUAUCCUGAAUCCCGAUCAACGAACCUGCUCAGGUAAGGACAUACAACAAACAUUGUUCAACCCUGGUAUCAUCGUGAAUUUGGAAGUGAUCUUCGCAAUAAUGCACUCUACUUAAGCCGUAGUGAAAAUAAGGCCUGAGAAAAUUAAGGCCUGUACGGGAUUUGAAGCCAUGACCUCUGCGAUACCCGGUGCAGUGCUUUCUGAUAUCAUUAGUGUCUACUUUUGAGUUGGAUUCAAUUCACUUCUUUCUUAUUCUAUAAACACACGCAGUCCUCUGAUAUUGCUGAGCCUUGCAAUACGCAGAACGUCUGUCACACAUGAACCUAAUAAUGGCUUUGCCCAUUGUAGAAUUUCUUUUGCUCAGUAGUAGGGCGCUGGAGUGCGAAAUAUAAUGGUCUAAGGAUCGACUUCCCAUGAGGACUCGGAAUCCUUUUUUCUUUGUACCACGCUGGUAACAGGACGAAAAAAACUACCAUCUUGUUUUGUGUUUUUUUGUUUGUUUUUUUAUUGAUUUGUUUCAACGUAAGUGGAUACCAAGAUUUGAUUUUUGAUCUUGUAUUACAACAAGGGGUACAAACGAUCCCAAACUUGUCUCACAGGUGUAGACGGGUGCGCCCUUGAAAAGUUAAGUUGUGAACAACAGUGUGACUUUACUGCACAAGGAUACAAGUGUUCCUGUUCGCGUGGAUACCGACUUGCUGACAACAAGCAAGAUUGUGUGGGUACGAAAUUAACAGAUCAAAAUGUUGUAUUGUGUGUAUUGUUUUAAGCGGACAUGUACCCCUAUGCAAUCUCUCUGACCAGCAAUGAUCUUUGAUGUCCAUAACACUAAACGACUUAACCUAACUGAUGUUAGGCCUUCAGUCUGCAGAAUUCGCUUCAUAGUAUUUGCGUUUUUCAUGCGAGUCUAAAGGGUAAAUGCCCUAACACAAAGAGAAAAAAAAGAGGAAGCGAGGGGAAGUUCUGAAGACUGAAGAAGCCAUGGUUUUUGUCUUUGUUAUCCUAUCAACAAUACUAAGUUAUGAUUAAUAUCUAUGUAAUUAUUGUUACAUUUGUCUCAUCUUUCUUUUUCAGAUGUGGAUGAGUGUUCAUCCAACAGCACCAACUCGUGCCAGUAUACCUGUAUAAACACGCUGGGAGGUUACAGAUGUGAAUGUCCAGUUGGUUAUCAUCUCAGUGCUGAUGGGAAGAAGUGUCAAGGUAAACUGAUCCGCCUUCUAUGACUGAGUCAUUUCGUGAACGCUCUUUAUUUUUUAUUUAUGCCUAUAAGUCGAGUUUCGCCCUAAAAUUUUAUUUGACGUGAAAUGAGUGACGCAAUGUUUUGAAGUUAACUCCUUUUUUCUGCUUUUCCUUUCCUUUGCCUUAAACUUUCAAGACGUUUUCUCGCUUCGUUUUGAAGAGAUGUUGUUCACUGCUGAUAGUUUGUAGAUGAUGAACGUAAAGGAAUGUCCAUGGACUCAAUUAUGCUCUCGCAAAAAGGCCCCUUUUCUAUUUCACCGCGGCAUACCUUAAUUAUGCCACGUUUUUGUCCUAUUUAUGCACCAAAUGAUUGAGAGUAAAUAUCGCGCUAUUGGAGAUAGCGUGAAUUUAUAGCAUAAAGGUUUUUAUCAUAUUUUAGGGAGUUAACUUUGCAUAUUUGUUGAUUCAUUAGAUGUUGAUGAAUGUGCGCUGACGGGUGGACCUUGCAGUCAGAAUCAUUGUUAUAACACGAGAGGCAGUUAUCAAUGUCUACCUUCUUCAUGUCCACAGUAUUAUAACAACGUCGGAAGCGGGUAAGUAACUCGACCUUUUCCGAACGGUCUCCUAUCGUUUUAGCAUCAUUUUCCGAUCAGGCGUCGACAUUCAUUGGAUAUUACCUUCAUUCAGUAUACUCCCUAUGAGGUCGGCUUUGUAAUUGCCUUGAUAGUCUAGAGGUUUUCCUUAAUUUGUCUGAGUUUUCAGGAUCAAACACUGUCAUUUAGAAGAAGUCUUUUUCAACUUCAGGUUCUGCGUAAAUCAGUGUUCGACCCCAGGCUACUACUGUACGGCUCAAGCAACGCGCCAGGAAGUGUUUACACUACCGCUUGGAUUUCCCGCCGAUACCGACAUUGCCCGUCUGAUCCCAUUUUUCCCGCCAUACAUGGCUUCGCUUCGAUAUUACUGCCAGUUUCAGUAUACAUUCUCAACCCAGCCAUCCCCGUUCGGUAUCAGGAUGCUUGGAAACCAGGCGGUCAUAUUCACAAAAGAGAAGCUGGGAAAAGCGGGAAUCCAUCAGUUGCAAGUCACUGCAGAUCUGCACUACAUGGAUGGAACGCUAGCCUGUAGAACUGUGUUUACAGUGUAUAUAGACAUUUCUAGGUUUAGCUUUUGAACAUUUGAUGUGCUACCACAGUUAACACUUAUAUCCAAAUGUGUUUUAACGUUGCAAGGAUCUUUGCGUGAGUUGUCGUAACUUUGUCAUACUUACUCAUGCUUAGUCUGGUCUAGACUUCAGGUUUGGAGCUAUUUUACAUCUGAGUGUCAAAAGUAAUCAGAGAAUGCAUAGCUUUUACAGAACUUUGCCUAGUGAUUACCUUGGAAAACUUAGCAACCAGUUAUUAUUUAUCACCUGGGUUGGGGG